UGGAUAGUCAGCUCAUACAACGAUCGACCUAGACGACGUUAGCCACUGGCUAGACGAUGACGAGAAACCACAACACAACCGAAAUCACAGAAGAAAUCAUUACAACCUUUACAGUUCGCAAAAUGACGAGCUCCAGAAUCUCCAAGUUCUCCGCCAUCCUGGUGCUGUGCGCCGCCCUGUUGCUGACCAAGUCCUGCGGCAUUCUGGCCCUCAGCGGCGAUGGCUCCGGUCAGGCUCUGGGCCAGGCGGAACCCCUGCUAGACACCACCACGGUCGGCAGUGUGGAUGGUUCGGGAAGUGGCUUGGGAGACGACACCACACUUCAGCCCGAAGAGGAAACAACAGAAGGUAGCCUAACCACUAUUCCUGAGGAAGCUGGCUCUGGAGAUCAAGAUAACACCACGGAGAGCUCAGGAGAUGAUGAGACCACCAGUGCCCCUGAGGAAAGCUCUUCCGCUGCUCCAGAGACCACCUCUGCCGCCCCAGAGACCUCUUCCGCUGCUCCAGAGACCUCCUCUGCCGCCCCAGAGACCUCUUCUGAUGCUCCAGAGACGUCCACUUCGGAGGCUGAGACUACCGCCGCUCCUGAGACUUCUUCCCAAGAGCCUGAAACAACCACGUCUGCUCCUGAAGAAACCACCACCUCGGAACCAGAAACCUCACCCUCCAGCGAAGUGACCCCGACCCUGGCACCUACCCCAGCUCCUUUCGUUUGUCAAUCGGCAGGACUCUUCCCGGUCAGCGGGGACUGCAAGCGCUAUCACAACUGCCUCUACAAUCCGUUCCUUCGCCGGUUCCUGGACAUCGAGGUCACCUGCCCGCCACAGACCGCCUUUUCGUCCAUCCUGAAGCGUUGUACCCGCGACGUAUCCGAGUGCCAGGACGACAGCUUCCAAUGUCCGUCCGUGGGACGUUUUGCAGGACACGAUGACACCUACUACUACUACUGCGUGGCCAGCCUACAGGGUGGAUUCCACGAGUUCGUGGUGAGGUGCUCGGUCGGCCAAAAAUUCGAGGCGACCAUUGGCGGAUGCUGGCGCUAUGACUGGACCCAGAUUGUGCCCGGCCAGGAGGCCACAGAGAUCAGCGACUUGUCGGCCAUCAAGCGGGAACUGAAGCAGUACAAGGCCGAGGAGAAGCUCCGCCAGAAGUCCCAGAAGCAGCAGGAGAAGUUGGCCAAGAAGCAGCAGAAGCUGGAGGCGAAGGCGGCCCAGAAAGCAGCCAAGGAGCAGGCCAAGCAGCAGGCCAAGGCCGAGAAGAAUAAGGCCAAGGGCGAGUCCAUCGAGAGUCCCGAAUCUGAGGAGUAAUACCAGUAACCCUCUUUGUUGGUCGUAGCGCUAGUCUAGUAAAUUAUCCUAUUUUUUUUUGCUUACUUGUAAUCCUCUUUUUUUCUGCAUUGUGGUAUAAAU